AUGUCCCCGCUUGAAGCAGCUGCUAUUGGCGCAGUCGUUGGUGCGGCGGGUGGCCUUAUGGCAUCGGAAGCGUCCAAGAGUUCAAAGGAAAGACGAAGGAAGUCUCAUGAGAAACGCGGACACAGUUCGAAAGAUCAAUUGCAUGGCCAUAGAGGGAAGCUUGAGAGAUCCAGGGGCGAAGCAGGACUAUUCGACAACGCAUUCGCGAGGGAGAUCAAAAGACAAGCCAAAGACAAAGAGCAUGGCCGACACGACCGUUCACCUGAGGAGGAGCGUGAAAGAGCAGAGAGGAGGAGAGCCAAGAGAGCUCGGCAUGAAGGUGAGCGACCUGUCACAACGGAUGGUCAAAGUCGACGCCAGGCCGAGGAAGACGGUGCCAAGGAAGAGAGAAAGCGUAGACGCCACGAAGAAAAGGAAAGGCGAAGAUCGGAGGCUGAAGGAACAGACGCCGCCAUGAAGAGGAGGAGCAAGGAGAAGGAGAAAGCACCAGAGUCAUCUCGAGAUGCUGCCACCGAAAGCAGCAGUGAGCCUAGGAGAACGAGGCGGCCCAGCAGCGCAGGAACUCAUUCUGGUGGUGGUUCUCCGGUGGUGCCGAUUCCUGUCAUUUUGAAGAGGAUGGCCACAGGCGAGAGCGAUACCAGACCUCUGCUGAUGAUCAAGGUGAACGACACCGACUUUUCAGGCGACAGAUCACGAGAGAGAACGAGAAGUCGUCAUCACGAGCACCGCGAACACAGACACCACAGGUCUCGCGAAGAUGCUUCGGAUCGAGAGCGAGUUGACAAGGACGAUGUUACAGAGGACCGGGCAAGGUCAUCGAGACACGCAAGCUCAAGGAGGGAUCGCCAUUACCAUCCUGAGCCUCGCACAACUCCAAGGUUCGGGUUCUUGGGCAAAGCAAUCAAUACACUUGUGGAGCACACGACUGUCAGGGAGAUCUGGCGAGGAGAGAGGGUUGGUGCCUGA